UACGCAAAUCAGCCUUCUAUACCUCGCUUCUCACUCUGAUACCAUAAGAGCAGGGGUGUGCCUUGACACUUACGCCGCAUCGCGAACCCAAGUUGCGGAACGAUACGCGCAAACAUGCCUCUUCAAAUUCUGAGUAACGAGGAUGUUAGCAGGAUACUCCAUUCCUUCACGAAAGAAGACAUCUUGGAGCUCCAGCAGUCCCUGGCUGACGCUCUGCACUGGUACUCAACUUCAAGCGAUGGCAACGAUUGCUGUUCAGACUACCAACCAGAAAGAACGGUACUGAAGCGGAAAGACGGAAGCACAUCCAUCUACAUGCCAGCAUCUGGAAUGACUGGUCAAGGCGUCAAAGUGCUGAAUGUUACUCCACCAGACGCGAACGGACUUCCAGGGCUACAAGAGACGUACUCAGACGGUGACUCUCGAAGCUCGAUCAGCUCAGCUUCGCGCCAAAGCAUAGACUCCAGAAGGUCUGGCUCCUCGUCUCUACCGACAACACUUUCAGAAGUCACAGACGGCGCUGGCAACAUAUCACUGACCUCUUCAAAUGACGCCUCCCAAUCAACCAUUCGCGGCUCGCUUACCUUGCUGGACAACAUGGGCAACACUACUGGCUUGUUGAAUGCAGAAGAGAUCACAGCUUUCCGCACGGCUUUGGCAUCAACGAUGCUGUUCAAGAAGCGCCAUAGCGUUCACGAUGUGACCGUUUUUGGUGCUGGUCGGCAAGCAUACUGGCACAUACGUCUUGCAUUGCUAUUGCGAGGGGAUGAAAUCCACCACCUCAACAUCGUCACGCGCCGCUUUGAGUCCGCACGGAAAUGUAUAAUGAGGCUAUACAAUCCACAGCCACACGAUCCAGACUACGUCAACCACAUUGGCGAGAAGUACAACUCUAAGACCAAGAAGAACAUCCUGACGCCCAGCCACACCGAGUAUCAGCGCCUGGUCAAGGAAUACGUGCGCGCAAGUAAUGUCAUUUUCUGUUGCACGCCGAGCACGACGCCGCUUUUUCCAGCGACGUAUCUCACAAAUCCAGAAGGAAGAAAGAAAGGCAGAUACAUCUCGUGUAUUGGUUCGUAUAAACCCCAUAUGAUCGAACUACACCCGGAUGUGCUUCGGUAUGCAGUAGCGCCUCAUCACGAACACAAGCAUAUCCACAAGCGACAGAAGGAAGGUGGCGCCAUCCUGGUCGAUACUGUCUCAGGCUGUCUGAAAGAGGCUGGUGAAAUCAUUCAAGCCAAGCUGAUGCCAGAUCAAGUGGUGGAAUUGGGGGAGCUGUUCAUGCUGAAGCGCGACGCAGACAGGAACGCGAGGGAGAGAGGUGAGAAAGUGGAUGUCGGCGUGGAUGGAUGUGCUUUGCAAGAUAAUUCUGGCUUGAAAGACUGGCUGACGAGAGGAAAUGUCAUUUACAAGUCGGUCGGGCUCGGUCUUAUGGACAUCGUCGUCGGAAAUGAGCUGUUACGAUUUGCGAGAGAACGAGGCGUGGGAACGACGGUUGGCAACUUUUAGAACAGUAGUACUCAGCACUACCAGGCUUGAUGCCAGAAAUCCUGACAGUUAUAUGAUUCUAUUCUGC